UUCCGGAUCUGAAGCCUCUGCCGCAAACAUGAUCCGCCAUGUCAUCGGUCUGGCCAAGAAGCACCCCAGCUUGAUACCGCUGUUCAUAUUUAUGGGAACUGGAGGUACUGGAGCAGCACUGUAUGCCUUGCAUCUUGCAUUGUUUAAUCCAGACGUCAGUUGGGACAAAAAGAAUAACCCAGAACCAUGGAACAGAGUGGCCCCCAAUGAACAAUACAAGUUCUACUCAGUGAAUGUGGAUUACAGCAAACUGAAGAAAGAAGGCCCUGACUUCUAAAUAAAAUGUUUUCCUAUAAAGCUGCUUAGAAUGAAGGUCUUCCAGAAGCCAUCCGCACAAUUUUCCACUUAACCAGAAUAUAUUUCUUCCCUAAAGACAUGAAAUCAUGUUGGUAUCAUGUUGGGUUUACACUGAAUAAUAAAUAAAUAAA